CGGCGGCGGCACCAGCGUGCGCUCUCCCUCCUCCCUCCUCCGUCGCCGGCGGCGCCUCCGGCCACCGUAGGGCUCCGUCCUUGGCGGUAUCAUGGCGAGGUUGAUGUCGACCGCCCUCGUGAGAGGGCUCGUGAGAUCGCGCCACGCGCCGAGCGUAGCUGCUGUGUCACAACCAGCUAUCCAGCAUUUUAGGAACUACUCAUCAGGACUUGAUGGUGAUUCUAGUGCAAGUGGGGACUCAAGUUCAACACGAGUAGCUGCUGAUCCUGAUACCCAUCAGGAUUUCCAGCCUACAAGCAAAAGUUCCAACAUGUCUUUUGAUGACAUUGUUGCUCAGGAUAUCAAGGAGAACCCUGUCUUGAUCUACAUGAAGGGUUAUCCUGAUGCUCCUAGGUGCGGGUUCAGUGCGUUGGCAGUUAAAGUCCUCAAGCUAUAUGAUGUCCCUAUCAGUGCUAGAGAUAUUUUGGGAGACCUCAAGCUCAAAGAGAGUGUCAAAGCCCACACCAACUGGCCUACAUUUCCACAAAUAUUUAUCAAAGGAGAGUUUGUUGGGGGAUCUGAUAUCAUAUUAGAUAUGCAUCAGAAAGGUCAGCUUAAGGAUGUGCUUGGCGAUAUUGCACAAAAGCGUGAACAAAAUGAAUCAUCAUGAGGAAGGCAAAGUACGCCAGUUUUGUCCCGUCAGCUUUAGCACUAGUAUGGGAGUUGGUUUCUUUCUGAACUCUCGUUACCUUUCGUGGAUAAGAUCUUUGAAUUAUCUUCCAUUAUGUGUGUGUGGGCAGAAUUGAGCAUGGAUUAGCUUUCUCCUGUUGUUUGAUAUUUGUUAUGUCAAGUAUGGUGGAAGAACCCUCUGUUCCAGUAGUAUCCAAGCUCUGUAGCACGAUAAAUAAAUGUUGCUACGCCGUUCGGUAAAUGUCGAUGUUUCUGUUUUCGGUCUUAUAUAUAGAGUAUACUUCUCUGUUC